AAAUCUCCCUAUUUCUCAUUCGACCUUUGAACCGCACUCGGCGACAGUUGUGUUGCUCUUGGGUUUGUUUCAAGCAACCUGUCAAGCAAUCUGUCUCUGGUCAAUACAUCAUUCAGUCUUGUUAUCGGCUACGUAUCUCGCGUCUUAAAUCUUUUGCAGCUACCGGAACGGAAGCUGCGAACACGCUGCAAUGUACAAUCCUUACCAACCCCCUGGCCUUUAUGGCCGACCACCAGAUUUCGGAAGCUACCCUGGAGCACCUCCGGGCAUGGCUCCUCCACCAGGUAUGGUCGCACCUGGAACGACUCCUCCGCCGGGGAUGCAGCAAGCCAACGCGCAGCAGCCCGGUCGACCAGCCGGCUUCCCAGCCAACUUCCAACCUCCUCCCAACAUGCCCAAUAUCAAUUUCUCUGCCCCAGUCAUUCGUCUCGGAACCUCAGGCCCGUCCAAAUCAGCUACACCGGAUACCAGCAAGGAGCGCGGGGGAGACGCUCCCGGCCGCCGGGCCGGCUUGGGCUCUUCCAGCCUAGAGUCUCAGCGUCAGAAUGUUCGCGAUGCGAUGAUGCAACUUCAACCGCCGACGCGAGAGGAGAUCGUCCGGACCAUCUUUGUGGGCGGCAUUACGGAAGGUGUGGCUGGGGACGAAGGCGUGGAGAGAAUUUUGCGCUCGGCGGGAAACCUUCGGCGCUGGAUUCGCGCCACCGAUGCGGAUGAGAAACCAUGCAAAUUCGGCUUUGCAGAGUACGAGGACCCGGAAAGUCUUAGCACUGCUGUGGAAGUGCUCAAGGAUGUGCAAGUCCCUGUGAAGAGACAGUCACCGCGGGAGGGCGAUGACAAGGAAGAGCACGAAGUCGAAAAGAGUACUCUACUGGUGGUUGUCGAUGAGAGCUCGUUGAAAUACCUGGAGCAAUACGAGUCCGGCAAGGGAGAGCAGGACCCAGCCGAACGCGAGGCGCGGAUAGGUGCUGCACGCAGCGGCCUUGCGGCCGUCUUGUCGGAUCUGUGUCACCCCAUUGCACCCACACAGAAGGAAGAUGCAUCGGCCAUCGAUCGUGAAGGCGACACCGCUAUGAAGGAUUCCGAGGGACAGAACGAUGGAACAUCCGCGGAAGUCGUUACUAUUCCGAUCACAGUGGAGGAUGAGCUUUCCGAUAUCCCUCCUGAGAUGAGAGAAACGGUCGCUAAGGAAAUUGCUGCCUUCCGUGAGCGUAGCAAUCGCCGGGAUAUCGAGCGGUUGAAGCGGGAGGAAGAGAUCGAGUCUAUGGAGCGAGCACGCAAUUCCGGAUCACGCAUCAAUCGACUGGCCUCACCUCCUCUUUCUGCCCCUAGUGGGCCUGCUGCUGGCGCCAAUGGAGUUCCCUUGGGCCCUCGCGACCGCGGUGUGCCUUCUGGGCCGAAGGCAUUCGGAGUUCAAGUCCCUAAGGACUACCAGAAGGGGGUUUCUUUCGUCAACGGAGGUAACAUAAAUGGGGCCACAACCGUCUACUUCGACCGGGAAGACGAAGACUCGGACGCUAGCGACGAGGAACUCGAGCGCCGUCGUCAAGAAAAGAAGGAGUCCGAGCGUGAGAAGCAGUUCCUCGACCAGGAACGCCGCUGGCUGAACCGUGAGCGCAGCAGAACUGCUGCAUUGGAACGCGAGAAGAAGCGAGACAAGGAAGAGGCAGCCAAGGUACAGGAGGUGCGCGAUGAGAUGGACAAGCGGUAUCGGGAAUGGAAUGAUGAUGUCGAGGCCAACCGCAAAAUGGAGGAUUAUUAUGCCGAUCGGGGUGCAUGGCUCCGCAGCCGGGCGGCGUUCCGAGCCCGUGAGGUCAGCAUGGACGAAGCGGAUCGGGCGGCGGAGGAAAGAGAACGGGCCCGGUCCGUGCAGCAACGGGAGCAGGCCCGCGGCAUGGCAGACGACUUCCUCGCUCGGCAGGCCGAAGAGCUGGAGUCACGCACCCAGGCUCCCCGCGAACCCCAGCGCUUCAAGCUUUCUCUCGGCGCAGCCGCGCAGAAGGCUCAAGCUGCCACCUCCCGCCGCACUAUUGCGGAGGUCGAGGGCUUGCUGGAAGACGAAGAGGAGCCACAGGCCACCGCCAGACGACCUCUUAUCCCCAUCAAGUUCGACAGUGCUGCCGAAGCGGCUGGCCUGUCCGACGAGGAACGCGCACAAGUCGCCCGACAACUGGCUGCGGAGAUCCCCACGGACAAGGAGGGGCUCUGGAACUGGGAUGUCAAGUGGGAGUUUGUGGACGAGAGUGUCGUCACCGAGCAGCUCAAGCCUUUUGUGGAAAAGAAGAUUGUGGAAUACCUGGGCGUGCAGGAACAGAUGUUGGUGGAAGUGGUCGAGGAACAUGUUCGAAAGCAUGGACAACCUCAAGAGCUGGUGGAACAGCUGGAGGAGGCUCUCGACGAAGAGGCAGAGGUGUUGGUCCGGAAGCUAUGGCGGAUGAUUAUCUUCUUCUCGGAGAGCGAGAAGAGAGGUCUUUCCGGGUAGAGGAAAGAUUCGUUGUUUACUUUGGGCCCAGGACUAUCAUGAGUCACAAAAUGAACCAAAUGAACUGGAUUGUCGUGUACUCGUGUUAAACCUACUUCUUGCGCAAGGGCGUGUUGCAUUGCAUUGCAUUCCCGCAUCUGUCCCAACCUAUUUUGUAACUUAUAUCAUGCUGCAGCAGAUUCCUGCUUCCCUCGUAAAACAUCAAGCUCAUCUUAG